AUCCCCAACUCGCCCUUCACAUACGCCAAGACUGGGAAAGAAACGAGUCAGACCUGAUGGCCGAGGAUAUAGCAGCCGAAGUAGGCUCAAUACUACAAAGCGCGUCCAUCAAUCGGCACCCCUCAGUACAACACGACGCGAACCCAUCGACGGCCGCCUCGGAGAAGCAGCCAGUUACCCUCAACCGACACCCAGACCCCAACGGCGAAGACGUCGGCGAAGAUGAGAUCCCCGUGAGCGUAUUAGAUGCUGUGCCGCGCAAGAAUACUAUGCCUCCGCUGCCAGACCUGCGGUUCGAGCAAAGUUAUCUAAAGAGCAUUGAGCAGGCAGAGGGCUGGCAAGGUGUGUUAUGGAUCACAUUGCGGGAUCAGGUCAUAAUGUGCUUUGCCCAGGGCGUGCUGUGGACUCUCCUUCUCAACGGAUGGCGGCACUGGAACCGCUCAGCCAAGUUCAGCGGACAUGGUGUCGGUGCGCGGAUACGGAGAUGGUGGUGGGGGGUCAACAACUGGAAGAUACCAAACGCAAAGUCAAAGUUGCGCGAUACCAAGCUGGCGAAGAACGUGUCCGAGUAUUAUCAGGGAGAGUUCUCCAGUGCUGCUCAAGACUGAGCGUGCAUACUACAUCGCAACACCGUGUCGGAAUCGGAACCACUUAACCUUCAGGCAGACCUAUUAACAAAUCGACGACUUUUUAAAGUUAAAAAGGCGCUCUAAUGCAAGCCCAAAUUCUUGCUG